AUGUAUUUUUUUCUCUCUUUCACUCUUUCCUUUAUUUUCCCUCCCUUCCUCCCCCGCCUCUCUCUCUCUUUCUCUCUCUCUCUCUCUCUCUCUCUCUCUCUCUCUCUCUCUCUCUUAGAUUUCAUUCCUUCAUUUUCUCCACCUUUCUUUAAAGUACAGCUAAUAUUCUCAAAUGAAUACCGGUUAACAAGCUUUUCCUCUCCCUUUUAUUUGCUCUCUCUCUGUCUCUUUCUCUGUCUCUUUCUCUCUCUCUAUCUAUCUAUCUAUCUAUCUAUCUAUAUUCGUCGUUGCUCACAUGUUCAGUAUUCUUAUUUUCUUUCUUUAUUCUUUUUUCUUUUUCUUUUCUUCUCUUUAUCUAACCGAUUUCGACAUCUUUUCUUCGCAUUUACCCUAUCACUCAAUUUUUACAUCUACUUUUCCCUUUCACUCUUCACUAACCCUAUCUAUCUAUCUAUCUAUCUAUCUAUCUAUCUAUCUAUCUAUCUAUCUAUCUAUCUUAUCCUUCUACGUAUCUCAAUCUGUUCAUUAUCUAUCUAUCUAUCUAUCUAUCUAUCUAUCUAUCUAUCUAUCUAUCUAUGUGUCUCUCAUUUUUCAUUCAUCUCUUCCCCAUCUUUGAUGUUUUUUUUUCCUUCUCUGUCCUUUCUUUUCUAUUUCUUUUUCAUAUUAUCCUUUACUUUCUCUCCUUUUCUUUCGUUCGUUUAA